AAAUCUCACAGUCAUCAGCGUACGAGAUAAGAAAGGUUCAGUUUCGGGGCAUCAGCAGUGUUUCAGCGUUAUUUAUAGUCUAGAAAAGUCUUCUAUGGACCAACUAGGUACAUGAAAAAUAUCGCACUUUGAGAAAAGUUACACAGACGUACUUGGGGUAUAAAUAAAUAAAUAAAUAAAUGACCAAGCAAUGAGGAAGUUAUCAGGACCGAUCAUACAAAAUGAUCGUAAAGAUCAACAAAAAUUCGUGCUGUGCUUUAUUAAUAAUGGAAGCAACACAAAAACAAUAUUACGAAUGCUGUAUGGUGCCACUGUGUCUUAUUCGUGUACCACGAGAUAAAAACCGGCGUUUAAAAUGGUUAAAGCUUAAAGGUAUACACAAGGAUAUUUCGGAGAAGACUACUGCCCAUGUAUGUGAAGAUCAUUUUAAUGUAAACUUUCUUUCGUUUGAAAAUGGAAAUGGCCUGGCUGAGUUUUCCGUUGAAGAAGAACACACCAACUCCAUGGGACAACUGCAUACAGGGUUCGCUUCCAUGCUCGCCGAUAUUGUAUCUAGCUAUUCGUUUUCCACACACGAACAGGGCAAUAAUUAUCAUGUCUCCAUUGAUAUGAAGUUGUUAUUUUACAAAACACAGACGAAAAUAGGGGAUGAAGUGCAGGUGCGCGCCAAAACAUUACGCGCUGAUAAAUCGGUAGCAUUUUUGGAAAUUGCAUUAAAAAACAAAACAACGGAUAGUUUGAUAGCGACUGGGAAUCACGAUAUGUUCAUUCUACGCCCUCGCACCUCAACAGCUCAUUAUUCAGCACGUCUGGAAGAACAUGCCAAUCAAGCAAACGUGGCUGGCGACGGAUCAUAAUUUGUUGCCGUUAUUUCAUCAGUGCAUAUGUUUAUUUAUGAUUUAAGUUUUUUAGGACCAAGAGUGGUAUAUUUGGUUAUGCAUAUGUAGCAGUUUUUGUUUCUGUUCUUAUAUAAAUUGUUGUAACUGGA